CAAAGUCCGAGAAUUCUGAGAAUUUCUGACCUACCCCAGCUCAUCCUAUAUUUCAGGUACUCUCUCACUCUCAGUCACACACAACCCACCUCUCUCUCUUGAUGGAGAGAGGUUGAGAUUCGCUCACAAAUCUGUGUCCUCAUCUGCCUUGUCUCUCUGGUUCACAUCUAAGUUAUCUAACCACGUCUCUCUCUCUUUCUCUCUCUAUACAUAUACACACACAAGCGUUAGAUCUACUGCAGACCAACCAUAGUUGAUCGUGUCCUACUCGAACUCUCUUUAAUGUGGUGCAGACCAACAAUAGUUGAUCGUGUCCUACUCGAGCUCUCUUUAAUGUGGCUCUGAUUCUCUGAAGAUUCAAUGCGAUAUACAAUUUUGUUUCUAUUUUCUUCAUAUAUUCUCACACAAACCCAUCACUGACCUGCAAUUUUAAAUUGCUAUUUUUCACUGACUCAAUCGCCUUAAGUUUCAUAUGUUGGAGAUGAGAGCAGAUUGAUUAAUCAUUUGAUUUCAUUGUCUAAGUUUGUUGCUAAAAAGCGAUUUGAUUUGGUUUUUCAUUGCAUCUUUGUGGGAGUUAAGCCGUAUACUAAUUGCAGAUGGCUGACAUAGCGAAGGACCUGACUUCUGGUACCGUUGGAGGAGCAGCGCAGUUGAUAGUUGGACACCCUUUUGAUACCAUCAAGGUCAAGCUCCAAAGCCAGCCUACUCCUCUCCCUGGUCAACCUCCCAAAUAUGCAGGUGCAAUGGAUGCCGUCAGACAAACAUUAGCUGCGGAAGGACCAAGGGGUCUUUACAAAGGAAUGGGUGCCCCGCUUGCCACUGUGGCAGUCUUCAAUGCAGUCCUCUUCACAGUUAGGGGACAGAUGGAGGCAUUGUUAAGGUCCCAACCUGGUGUCCCCCUUACAGUGAACCAGCAGAUGGUUGCCGGGGCUGGGGCUGGAGUUGCCGUGUCCUUUCUGGCUUGUCCAACUGAAUUGAUCAAAUGCAGAUUGCAAGCCCAGAGUGCAUUGGCAGAUACUGGCUCUGCUGGUGUGGCAGUGAAGUAUGGAGGGCCAAUGGAUGUGGCAAGGCAUGUUAUACGAUCAGCAGGUAUGGGUGGUCUCUUUAAGGGUUUGGUUCCAACCUUGGCACGUGAAGUACCAGGAAAUGCUGCAAUGUUUGGUGUCUACGAAGCCCUAAAGCAGUACCUGGCAGGAGGCCAAGACACUUCCGGGUUAGGAAGAGGUUCUCUAAUUGUUGCCGGAGGUUUGGCUGGAGCUUCCUUCUGGGUUUCUGUCUACCCAACUGAUGUUGUCAAGAGUGUAAUUCAGGUUGAUGACUACAAAAAUCCCAAGUUCUCUGGCUCCAUCGAUGCUUUUAGAAAGAUCAUGGCCUCGGAGGGAGUCAAGGGACUGUACAAAGGUUUUGGACCUGCCAUGGCCCGAAGUGUUCCAGCAAAUGCCGCAUGCUUCUUGGCGUAUGAGAUGACAAGGUCUAGUUUGGGAUGAUUGUUUAUUCGUCACUGGCCAAAAAUUUUGGUGGAUGUAAUUCUUCAGAUGUUGAAGUGCACAGGGGUUGAAGCCCUAAUGAAGGGAAGUGCUUAUAAACUACCCUGGAAAUGGAAGUAACCUUCCAUGUAUUGACCUUUGUUAUUUUUCAAAGAAAUUCAGAUUGCGAUUGUACGGUUUGUACCAGCACUGAUGCAUCAAAGAUCAUAAAAAUUUCUCAA